GACAGAGACAGACAGAAAGCAAGAGAGAAGGAGAGCACAAUUCACUCGGUGAAUUGCUUGCAAGCUUGGGGCUGAUAAUUAGGGAUCUCAGGAGAACAGUUUCUCAGAAUAACCCUCUCUCCUUCCAAUGGACCGAAUGGAGACAGUGGUUCAGUCCUGCUGAUAUUUUUUAAGCCCUCCUCGCAGUUUGAUGGGCAUUCCCAGUGCUUUUGUGCACGUCUCGGAAAGCGUUGACGUGGAAAGGAGCAGCGAGGAGGGGGAGGUUGGAGACAAAAACUGCAGCUCUUCUAAAAAUACGGAGGGCAUGCAAGAGUGUGAGCAGGCUGGGGAAGAGGGCGAGGUGGGUGCACCUUGCACCAUGUUCCCCGGGUACCGGCACGGAGCAGUUUCAGAGAUGUCCCUCCUGUGACUGGACGCACCAUGAGCAUCUGGGAGGUGAUCCUGGUUUUCGUGGUGGUGGUGCUGAUGCUCGUGGCCCUGCUGGCCAACGUGCUAGUGCUGAUGUGCUUCCUGUACAGCGCUGACAUCCGCAAGCAGGUCCCGGGAUUGUUCAUCCUCAACCUCACCUUCUGCAACCUAUUGAUGACUGUUUCGAACAUGCCCCUGACCUUGGCUGGGAUCAUUUACAAGAGUCAACCAGGAGGAGAUCAGAUCUGCCACAUUGUGGGUUUCCUGGAGACUUUCCUCACCACGAACUCCAUGUUGAGCAUGGCAGCUUUGAGCAUUGACAGGUGGAUUGCUGUGGUCUUCCCUCUAAGUUAUCACUCCAAAAUGAGGUACAGAGAUGCUGCUCUCAUAUUGAGCUACACGUGGUUGCACUCGGUGUCGUUCCCGAUAGUGGCAGCUUCUCUCUCCUGGGUGGGUUUCCAUCACCUCUAUGCCUCCUGCACCCUGUACAACAAGAGACCAGAGGAUAGGACACAGUUUGUGAUUUUCACUGGGGUCUUUCACACCCUCAGCUUCCUCCUCUCCCUUAUAGUCCUGUGUUUCACAUAUCUAAAAGUGCUGAAGGUGGCACGGUUUCACUGUAAGCGGAUUGACGUGAUCACUAUGCAGACGCUGGUGCUGCUUGUGGACAUCCAUCCCAGCGUAAGAGAGCGUUGUCUAGAAGAACAAAAGAGGAGGAGGCAGCGAGCAACAAAGAAAAUAAGUACCUUUAUCGGUACUUUCAUACUUUGUUUUGCACCUUAUGUAAUUACAAGACUUGUUGAAUUGUCCUCUGUGGUCCACAUCAACUCCCACUGGGGAAUCAUUUCCAAGUGCUUAGCUUACAGUAAAGCUGUUUCAGACCCUUUUGUGUACUCUUUGCUACGGCAUCAGUACAAGAAGACAUGGAAAGACAUCAUAAACAAGAUCCUCAAAAGAAGCUCCAUCAAUUCCUCUGCCCUCACGAGUGAAUCACACAAUCGGAAUAUAUUGCAGCUGAACGAAUGAGGAGCCUGGUAUGGGACCUACGAGAUAUAUAAAAUGAUAUACGGGAAACAAAAGUAACCGGCCUAUCCCUAGUAUCCUCAGCUGUUAAGGUUUUGGGAGGCAGUCCUGGACAGGUUGAAGCCCAGCCCAUGUCCCUCCAGAAGCCCAUGUAGGACCUAAAGGAGGCAGGCUGCUUUGUACCUGCCGCUUCCAACUAAUAGAGUGUUAUUGAUCUGUGGUCCUGCAGGCUUCACAAAUACAAAUCUCCCAUUGAUCUCCAUCAGCAGUUACACACACAUAUAGGGGGAAAAGCUAUUCAGCAGAGGGACUCAUGACAGAAAUGGGAGCAAACUGGUGCCAUCAUAAGUUUAUUCUAAAAAGCUGCACAGUGAUAUUUGUGCUGCGUUUUUCCACUGGUUACAGGUAACACUCCCUCCGAUGGAGAUGCCAACCUGGUUUUACAAAAACCACCCCAGCCUAGUUCCUUGAGUAGGUCAUGUAUAGAAAACCUCUUAACAGGAAGAGCUUAAUAGAAAUAUCUUUACCUAGAUACUCAUACAGUGCCCAAAGCAGCUUUCAACCUCUUCUGACACACAGUUUUUGAACAAUCCUGUAGAAUUGAACAAAAGAAAAAAUCACUUUGAAGUACACUAUGGCUGGGUUCAGCCAUGUCUUCACUAAGUUUUUUAAGUAAUUUCCACUGAAUACCAUUAGUUUUCUCCCCAUUAAAUUUCAGAAAAAUAAAAGUGGUAGACAGGAUGGAAAGGUCAGGAUGCCUCCUGCUUACCUUCCAGUAUGUCUGAGCUAUAGAGAGAUGUUUUCUGCUCAAAGCUGCAGAACUGGGCUCUGGGACCAGGGGAAAAAAAACCCCAAAACACCAAUAAACAACAAAACCCACCAAAAUAACCCCAAAUCACCUUUUCUAAUGUGUUAUUAAUCAUGGUGUUUCUUCCUACAGGUAUGUUACUUAAAGGAAAGAUGAGCCUAAAGCUGAGUUUAAAAGUAUAAUUUCCAAAGCAAGUGGAGCAAAUAUAGCAGAACCCCCUCACCACCACGAGUGCAGCCAAUAAUCUGAAUUCACAUCUGAACAUGCAAAUCUCAGGACUUUUUAGUGUAGACCUUUAUAGCUCUAGACUGCAGCUAUGCAUAGUAAUGUUACUAACGUUUACUAUGCAUUCAGCUCAGUCUACAGUUAAUAUAAGGCCUAAAUACCAGUAACAUUUUCAAAACCAUGUCACACUUCCUCAGACACCACCACUGUAUCUUAAUUUUUGGAAAUAUUAUUUAGUUCAUUGUAAGUACAACUACAGCUGGUAGAUGGCUUUACGACUGUCAUGUAGACGUGAUGCUGAAGCCAUCCUCUGGUGUCUAAUGGAGAAUUACUUUUCUGCGAAAUUUUCAGUGACUUCUCUCCCAAUUCAGCAAACACACUAUGAAAUGAGACAGCUUUUGAAGUGUUUUCUUAUUAAGUUGUAGAAUGUCAAGAGCAAUAAUGAAUCAGGUUUUAUUUCUGUUGUUCCGAUUUUUAGGAAUACUCAAUUUCUAAAACAACUUGAAACAAAGUUUUCUUCCUCAUAAUCUCUUAACAUUAUUUUCAUGUACAGAACUACUGGUUUCAAAUGCUUCACAUUUCUAUCUUGAUUGGCAAAAGACUUACUACUAAAUCUGACCUUAAUUCUGCACACGUUUUUCUCCAGAAAGUGACUUAAAUUCAAUAAGACAACAGCAAGUUAACAUCAGAAUUUAAAUUAAUUUUACUGAAUAGGUCAAGAAAUCUGCUGUCCAGUAGCCAUAAAAUACAGUUUCUUUUGUGAGGGUAAAUGGCAAAUGCCCUGGCUUAGAAUGGUCUUGGUUAACAAGGCUUCAUGCAUGCAAUGACAGCUUAAGUAACAGCUGAUAUAGCUGGCUGUAUUACUACCUACCCUUGCUCAUAUUUUUCUUGUUGAGAAAAGAUGGUCAGGAUCAUAUUGAGAAAAUAAGGCCCUCAGUAUACUGAAAACGUGGGAUCACUUUUUAGUUACUACCUCCUGUGUCCCCCAGGCAACGGGUACUGAUUGAUGCCUAUAGCUCCCCACAGUCCCUGACAGCCAAGGUUAGUGAGAUAAAAUAGUAUAUUCCCCAUCAUCCAUUUCAAAUAAUCAAUACCAGUCAGUUCGCAAACAUUAGCAUGCUCCAUUUGGCAAACUCUACCAUGAAUAGAAGUCUUUGAUAGAACAGACAUUAUGUAUUCUUUCAUACCUUGUGAAAAAGUGUCCUCUGCUGAGGUUUCUAUCUAGUGAUUCAAAGCCCAGUCAGGUAACUCAGCUAGGGGCUUCACCCCAUCAUCAGUAAACGUGGAAUCAUACCUCAGCUGUUAGUCUAGAGAGCCUUUCCUUAGCCCUUAGCAUGGUCCUACAGCUGCAAGGAACCAUGAUAAUAUAUAAAUUUACUUUGUCACCUGAUUUAUAAAUGGAAGAAUUAAAAUAAUGAAAUCAUCAACUACCAUGUAAAGAAAAAAAAAAAAAAGAGUUUUACUAUUAGGUUUAGUUAUAAAAAAAUAACAUAAUUAUAGUAAUAUAUGCCCACAAAUAUUGACACAUACUUUAAGUAAGUUUUUAUAACACUUCAUUCAAAAUUAGCCCUUCGCCAGAGUAAAUAGUCUACCUCAUCUUAACCAUUUUACUUCUUAGGCUUAACCUAAUUUUCUCAGGUACAAUAGAUAACAACACCCAGUUCAAUACUUGUUUCUUAAGAAAUUCAAGUCAUUUUGAUGACUUGCUUGUAUCAGAAUACAGGAUAUAAGAAAGUUGAUUAUUAGUGAGUUUAGAAAGAUAAAAACUCUAUAUGUGAUUGUUAUUUGUUUUACUAAGACCACUUUUACCCAAGCAAACUGCAACAGGAUGAUUUUUAAAGUCCACAGCUGUUGUCAACUUAUGUGUGAGGCUGCUGCUAAAGUCAAUGGGAGGUUUGUAUGUCAAUAAAGAUAGUCCCAGAAAGAUUUUGAAUUUUAAAUCAAUUACUCAAAUAGAGUAAGGUAAAUUCCCUUGAAACAAAAUAAAAAACCACUGUACAUUUAGGAUGGCUAGUAAAAUAUGGAGCACAAUACAGCAUUGGACUUGUCUCAUUAUGCUUGUGUAUCACAGUCAGUCACUGGUUGAUUUAUGUGUCGCCAUGAGCAAUAAAUCUCUCCCUUUGUAUGUGUUUAAAAAUUCUCCUUUCUUUCAUGGUGCCUUUCUUCUAGAAUUAAUCUUAUAACAGAGAAUAAAUAUAAAUUCCCCUUACCUACAUCAGCUCUCUGACACAUUGUCAUAUUUCUACCAGCUGAAGCAAGCAAGAGUUGUAAAUGCUGGUGCUUGAUAAACUGACUUGGUAUACAAAAUAAAAGUAACGCCCUAACAUUUCCUGAUGACAUUUCAUAAGAUACUAGAAAUAUGAUUCUGUGGCUCGUUUGGUGCCGGAUAUUCAGCUGAAUUCUUAUAGGCAACUGGCAAAAUCUUCUAACAUGUAUGUCUAAGUGAUGAAUGUAGAUAUGAGUAACUAUCUGUCUACUGAGUAUUAUACAUACUAUACAACAUUGACUCGAGUGAGUUAGAAUAAUGACAAUAAAUGUAAUGCACAAUAUUUUAUUAUCUCCAAUCAUGAAGCAGAACUGUUCUCUUGUCUAACAAAAACACGUGUGUGUGUGUGUGUGGGGGGAUUUUCCAUUUGUUAUUUAAAUAAUAUCUGAAAAAGGUUUGUGAAGUAUGGCUACAAUGAGUGCCCAAAAUACGGAACUGCGUGUGCAAAACCUGUGCAGCUGCUUAGGCAAUAUACAGCAUUCUGUUUGUUGGUUGCUGCAAUCCAUAUGCAAUAUCUAUUCCUCACAUGCAUGUCCAAUUAACAUUUUCUCAUACCUGGUAAAUUUGGCAGGCAGAACAUUGGCAGAUAAGGAAGAGAAUUUAGUCCAUUAUGUCAUUUUACAGUUAUUUACAUAAUCUCAAAGCCCUAACUGUGAACUAGGAUCCAGUUUUAUGCCAUUCUUUUUAAGCAGUUUGAAUGUGAAGAUCUGGGUAAUUGCACUUACCAAAAAUUAUGCGAGACUGAUAAGACUUUAUCGAAUAAAAUACCAAGUACUGGUUCCUCUUCUAACAUAAAUCAACAUAAUAGUUGGUUGUUUCACCGGAGGAUCAGGUCCCAUUAGAUAACUAUUUCCAGGUUUUAUAGAUCUGUCUUCUAAAUGUGUAGGACCCUGUUUUCAUGGUUUUGCAAAUGGGUAGAUGUCAGCAGGAUUUAGUGAGAUCCUCAUGUGCACGUGUGCCCGCUUGUAACGUCGGGCAACUGCAUGACUCUUCCCUAAACAACUUCUAUCCCUGUUUUUACUCUGAGUGAAAGACCCAACCUCUUUCUAGUGACCCUUAAUCAGGCUACUUUUUAACCUCCCUUAUGUCUGAAAAAAAUCAAAUCUAGACAUUAUAAAAGUUUUAGGCAAAUCCUUCUGAAGCCUGCAGAAGUAGCCACGUGUAUCACAGCAUCAGGGACCUCUGGAGGUCAUCUUGUCCAGUCCCCAAAAGGCACGUCCCUGCCUAUUGCUGUAGCUUGCCAUCUCGAUUUUGCCAAUGCACCUGUUCAGUCUGCAGUAGUGCUGGGAAUUGGUCUUAGUUUGCUUCAGGUCAACAAUAAGAUCAUCCUUGAAAGAACUGAUUUAAAAAUAAAUAAUUUUGGGAAGACAUUUUAAAUUUAACUUCAAGAAACAGCUGCAUCAGGACAACUUUUGAGGUUACAAAACUGGGACAGGUAUUGGUCUGAAUGGGAGGCUGAGGGUCAGAAAGCUAUAAACUGGUUUUGCUGCUGCAGUAUGUGUUACCCUGGCUGCAGCAGGCUUUUCCUAGUGACCCAUUUCUACAGUGAGAACUCUCAAGACAUCCACUUACCCCAAAGAGAAAGGUAAAAUUUCCAUCAAAGCCCAGUAGCUGUCAGAGUAGGAUGUGGCUACAAGAACAGCACAGCCUCCAUGGAAGGAUUCUUGUUGUCUUGGGAAAACUCUAAUGCGUUUCAGGUGGGUUAUAUGGAAACUACUCACAUUGUCUGAAUGACCAGAAACCACCUACACCUGGAUGAGCCUUACCUUAGGAGACAGUCCAAUUCUUAAAGCCCAAGAGGCUUAGGUAGCUUGCAGAAAGUAAUGUUUUUCUGGACCUACAUGCUUAGGGUUUCAUAGUUCCCUUACCUCUCUUAAUCCUAAAUGAAGAAGGCUCUAAGGGCUCUGAAUACCUUGUCCUAUACAUUUUUACACAUGCAGUGAAUGCUUUUGAAACAGCCCUUGGUAAAUUGCUUGCUUUUCACUACUGUUGGAAAUGUCUUCUCCCCACAUUAAAUGUUCUUGUGAUUGAACGAAGCUUAAAAGCAAAUCCAGACACUUCACACCUAUGUUAGCUCAUCGUUAUUUGACUCUAAAAAUCACAAAAUACGUCAACACAUCACAUUCAGCACAGAAAGCCCAGUUAGAUCCUGAUCCUAUAGUCACUAUGUGUCUGCCUUGAUGGGUAGCCAUGGAUAGUUAGGGCUAAGCAUAGGUUUAUGUGUUUGCAGAAACGGGGAUUAAAUCUUUGUAGCCUACCCAAGCCUGAAUAAGUGAGAACAAUAACAUUUUAGCCUUAAGUCUAAUUUUGUUUUUAAUUUACUUUUUAUGCUUUCAGCAUUCAGUAUACAACAAAUCAUUGAUGGGUGAAGUUUCUUUAUGAAAACCAUCCUGCUCAAAAGACAGCUGUCCCUCUUGGGGUGGGAUAUAAAAGUUUACAUGGAGAAAAGAGCUGCUGCAGUCUUUGUAAAUUGUCUACUUACCUGUAGUCCUGUUGUGUAUCAUGUAAAUAUGUAUUUAAGAUUGUUGGUUUUUAAGCAAAUAAUGCUGAUCUAAUGAAAUAGAGAUGUUGCUAUAGUUUAUCAUAUAUGUCUAUAUUUAUAAGAAAGAUGCUUAGUCCUAUAGACUGUAAGUGCACUUCAGAAACGUGUGUAUUGAGAAGCAAAUGCAUCAGGUGUAUGACAGCAUGCAUGUGCAGUAACUGUGUAGUAAAAUAUGUUUUUUUUUGUUAAACAAAUACUAUUGCACAUGGUUUCAAUGUACCCAAAGGUGUGAGUCUACAAACAUACAUUAGGAUAAAGAUCUCCAUUUGGAGGUACUGCUGAAUACUAGGAUUCUAGUCACCAUAGUUGUACAAUCAGGGCUUUAAAACAAAAACUAUUUAAGAAUCAUACAAAUAGCAAAAAACUGAAAGCCUCCAUCCUUGUUGGAUUUGGAUGCAGCAAGAGUUCCUAAGGAAAAAGCAAAGCAGUGCUUUAUCAAGGAAAUGCCAGUACAUCCUAGUGAGAUAUUAAUGGGAACGCAACAUGGCCCAGGGUGUAAAGUUGGCUAUAGCUUUUCUCUUGCUGUCCAUCACAGGCAGUCCUCUUUAAUCAUAUUGCACUUAUGCUAACUUGAGUUCUUGAACAGAAAUUAAAAAAGCCCUGUUAGAUACCAGUGUUUUACAUUACCUUCUGACCACAAAAUCCUUAUGCAAAGACAGGUAGUUUCUACUCCUCCUGCUUUGUUAAUGUGAUCAGUGAGAUACAGAGGGAAAAAAGAAAAAAAAAAAGAACAAAAUCUUAUGAUUUGAAUUAUUUUUGUUACAAAAAAAAAGUCAGUAAAAUACUUGGUGCCCUUAGGGUCACAUAGCAAAAAUGUGACAAAGCUGGGGCAAGUUCUCCAUGCUCUGUCAUCCACCCCAGCCUCAUUCGAGUAAAACAAAGCUACCUGAAUCAGCCAGAGUGAAGAAUGGGUCUUUUUAUAACAGAAACCAUAGGGCUUCCCAGAGAAGAUGUUUGAAAAAUCAUUAUCACAGAUUGCCUUGGAAAAUAAAAAUAGAUAACUAAAAGGUGCCUUGAUUUACCUUUAUUUAUACACACAGCAUUUUUCUAAACCUUAGAUAUUUUUUCUCAGUGUUUUUAUUUUCUUAAGAUCAUGGUAGGAUAAAAGAUCCCAUAUAUUUGGUAAUCACUUUAAUUCAUAGAAUCAUAGAAUCACAGAAUAUUCAGGGUUGACAAGGACCUUAUAAUCAUCCAGUUCCAACUCCCUACCAUGGGCAGGGAUACCUUCCACUAGACCAUGUCACCCAAGGCUCCAUCCAGCCUGGCCUUGAACACUGCCAGGGAUGGAGCAUUUAAUUAUUCCCUUCUGAAUUCUUGCAGGAAUGUAAGGUAUUGUCAGUCUUUCCAGAUACAGUUAGAUAUAAACAUUUUCCCCUAGAUUAGAUGAUUAAAUGAUUAUUUGCUUUAAAAAUAAAGUUAGGGGCUGGUUUUACAAAUCCUUACUGUAAGAACUGUGGGGUUGCUUGGAUAAGUAAGGACAUUCAUAUAAUGAGAGGAAUAAAAGAUCUGGCCCUAUGUAUUUAAAAUUCUGUUUCACUUUUCAAAUAAUGAAAAUAGAUGGUUUCUAUUUCUAAAACCACUUAGGCAGUCUGAAGAUAGUUCUGAAAUAACAUUAAUAACAGCUGCUGUACAUAGGGCAUGUUUUGAUUAUAUUAUUAUAAAUAUACCAUAAUAAUUUAUUGCAUUUUACUUUUUUUUUUUCUUAAUAACAAGGAGAUCUAAUCGCAGGGGCUAUUUAUUUAGGGAAAAAAUUGCAAUAUAAAGAAAACCUUUCCAAAUAGCAUGGAUAGAGAGAUGCACAGACUGAUGAACAUGGAUCUCAGGGUCCCAUGUAAGCUAAAUUGCUUUAGUCUCCCAAAAGAUGUUGCAGAAACAAAGAUUCAUUCAUGUAAAGGCAGAAACAAAAUUCUGUUGUACUAUUACUUGCAAUUUAAAGAAAUACAAUAAAAUAAAUCUUAAUCUUGACUUCAAAUAUCUGAAUAACGGGGCCUGUGCUGUCUAUGCUGUUUACAACGGCUUGUGUUUUGUGAAUACAUAUCAGAUGUUGUAAUAUAUUUUUACUACAUAGAGCUCAUGGUUAAUACAAAGUGACAUAUAUAA